AUGAUAUCAUACUAUGAUGUAUUGGGAAUCACACCAGAAGCAAGUAUCCCGGAACUCAAACAAGCAUACAAGCUGAAAUUAUUAACCUCACAUCCUGAUAAGAUUGAUAACUCAACUGCACAAGUUGAUAUACCACUAAUUAAACAAGCAUUCGCCACGUUAAUUGACCCAACAUCUAGGGAAAAAUAUGAUCAGCAGCUCAUCGAGUCAUCAAAAUUGAAUGGAUUUAACAUAAAUGGGAGUGGAUUGGAUAUUUAUAGUCUUGAUGAUUUUGAGUUUGAUAAUGAUGAAUGGACAAAAUCAUGCCCCAGAUGCACUGCUCACAAUAGCAUCUGCCUCACAGAGACAGAUUUAGAAAAGGGAACACCAGAUAAAGAUGGAGGGUUUGAUAUCAUAGUGCAGUGCAAUAGCUGCAGUCUUUGGAUUCAAGUGAAAUAUUACGAGGAGUGA